AUGCAUCCCGAGCUGCGAAGAGGAAACAAAACUUUGGAUCUUAAAUCCGUUGGUCCAAGUGCUUUUCGGCUAAUGAAACAAAAGAGAGGUGGAAAAUUCAUCUUUGAAGGAAAGUUCCCCUUGAUCAAAUUCGGAAUUUUUGAAGAAAAUGAUCGGUCGGAAUCGGAAGAUCAAUCCAUCCCUACGGAGUCUGAAGACAUUGUGCAUUCAACCUCUGAACCAGAAUUUGAGGAAAUUCAUGAUUCUCCUACAUCCACAGUGGUGGAGGAACAUGAUUAUCAUAUGGAGGAUGAAACUAAAUCUACUCAUGAGGAUGAUGAUGAUGAUGAUCUCUAUGGUGAUGUACAAUUUUUGAAGGAAAUUGACUUCACAGGGUUUAGUGAUGAUAUCCCGACAAACAUUGAUCUUGAUCUUAAUGAUGAAGAAUUUGGUCCUCUUCUAGGAUUCCUCAACGGCUUCCUUAUUAAAGUCAAUGAAGUUGCUCUUCGGCAACCAAGACUAGGGAAUAAGGAAAUGAUCUCAAAAUUCUGCUCUCCACAUCCAAGCCCAUGGAGGAUGCCUCAGCCCCAUACCUCUCAGUCUUCUAUGGAAACAAGUCAAUCAAUUAUGAGUCUGGAGGUACCCAUUGUGGGCAAUGCACAUCAUGUUUUCUCCACUGUCACUGCUACUACUGCUUACUCUCCAAUACAAUCUGAUGAAGGCCCGAGUACUAUGUUUGAGACAGGCGGCUCAUCAUCCAUUCCAGAAUAUUCUCCCACCAAACCUUCAUUAGAUUAA